UGCCUGCUUGUAAACAGAAGCUCACACGUGACAUCCAGAGCCCGAUCUGCGCGACCGCAUUGUGUGUGAGCGGACAAAGAGCGACACAGUCACCGUUUAAUAUUACUGAGCGCGAGCAGGUCAACGGGCAGGUGUCAUGACAACCGACAUUAUGAAGCCGACUUUCCUUCGUCGUCUUUGCCGCUGUGUUCGAGCGCAUCUGGUCGUCUGAACUUCUUCAUGUCUGUAUCCCAAAUCCGACCGUUUGGAGGGACAACGACGCUAGCUGGGCUUUCUCCAGCUCACACGCAGCUGGCGGCUGGUAAACAAAGCUGGACGGCCUUUGUUUCACCUCUUAAUUUAGCUCGUCGGUUUAUUCUCUUUAGCUGCGCCAAACCUUACUUUUCUAGCUAACGUUAGCUAAACGCAGCUAGCAGUAGCCGUUCGCCUCGACAUUAGAUUUAAUUUUUUGAGCUAACCUUAAUCUUGUCUUUAUAUUAUUGGCUUGAUGAGAUGUCAUUCACGAUGGAAGAUAACUUGGAGUCCGGAUGGGUGUCCGUUCGACCCAGAGUCUUCGAUGAAAAAGAAAGACAUAAAUUUGUCUUCAUCGUGGCCUGGAACGACAUCGAGGGAAAGUUCGCCAUAACCUGCCACAACAGAACAGUGCAGAGACGGACCACUUUUCUUCUGGACCCGCUCCUCGACGCUGUUAUGCUCCCUUCCCCCGGUGCCUCCGUGGCAGAAAAACGCACAAAAAGUCCUGUCACGACGAAGAAAGACGGCCAAGCGUAUAAAGUUCGACCACAUUCGGUCCCUAAAGGAAAAUCCACAACAAAGACUGCUGCUGGGGACAAAAAACUCGGUAGUUCAAAGACAUCCGAGUGUGUCAGCCCGACGUUAGGCUCCUGGGAUAUUGUGACGCCGAAAGUAAUAGAUAUCGAGAUCUUGGACCCAGUGGAUGUCCCGAUCUCUCCGGAUGAUGCAGACCCGGGGGACGGUGACAGCACCGGCCGCGAGGACUUCAGCUGGGCCAGACUGUUCUCCUUCCAGGACCUGAGGGCAGCCCACCUCCAGCUGUGCGCUGUCAACUCCGACUUGGAGCCGUGUUUACCCUCCUUCCCAGAGGAGCAGUCCGGCGUGUGGUCGGUCCUUUUCGGUGCCUCAGGGGUGUCGCAGCGGGAGACGGACGCCCUGUGUUACCAGCUGCAGGUGUACCUGGGUCAUGCCCUGGACACCUGCGGCUGGAAGAUCCUUUCGCAGGUGCUUUUCUCCGAGAGCGAGGACACGGACGAGUACUACGAGAGCCUGAGUGAGCUGAGGCAGAAAGGCUAUGAAGAUGCUCUGGAGAGGGCCAAAAGACGCAUGCAAGAGGUGUUGGACAAACAUAAAGCCAUGGACAGCAUGGUGGAGCUGCUGCAGGUGUACCCUGAGGAGGACGAGGCAUACGGAGAGCUGCUGGAGGCGACGACUCAGCUCUACCACUACCUGCUUCAGCCUUUCAGGGACAUGAGGGAGCUGGCAAUGUUGCGCAGACAGCAGAUUAAGAUCUCACUGGAGACGGAGCGCCUGGGUCCUCGUCGAGUGGAGAGCCUGAGGAAAGAGGAUGAGGAGUGGCAGAAGAAGGCCCACGCUGCUGUGCUCUCUAUACAGGACCUGACUGUCAAGUUCUUUGAAACCACGACUAGGGCACAGAAAGCUUUGUAUGAGCGGAUGCGUGCCGACCAGAGGAAGUUUGGCAAGUCAGCGUGGGCAGCAGCGGUGGAACGCAUGGAGCGGCUGCAGUAUGCUGUUUCCAAAGAAACUCUGCAGCUGAUGAGAGCCAAGGAAAUCUGCCUGGAACAGAGGAAACAUGGCUUGAAGGAGGAGAUGCAGAGUCUGCAAGGUGGGGAGGAUGCCAUGCUGCGUCUGGACCAAUUGGAGGCGCUCUACUAUGAGUUGCAGCUGCAGCUGUAUGAUAUACAGGCAGAGGUGCUGCGCUGUGAAGAGCUGCUGCUGACUGCACAGCUGCAGAGUCUACGCAGGCAAAUGACAGAGCGACAGGAUGAGGUGGUGUACUAUGAUGCUUUUGAGAGCCCCGAUGCUAUGAAGGGUGAAGAAGAUCCUGCAACCCCGCCGUCCCCCCUCAGAGAUGAAGAACUCAGUGUCCUACAGCAGAGGACACGGCAGCUCGAAGCCCGCAGAGGCCGCAUCACUGCCAAGAAAGUCUACCUCAAAAACAAGAAGGAAAUCUGUAUUGUCAAUCACAACCAGAAGUUACAACAGCGACAAGGUAGCCAUGCUGAUUCCCUGCAGACACUGCAACAGGGAGGUGAAGCUGAGGAAGAUGAAGCCAAGAGCAACACAAGAGUGAGUCAGGAGAGGCAGCGAACUCUGGACCGACUCCGCAGCCUCAAACAGCGUUAUCCAGGCCAGGUGACUGUGAAGUCCAGCCGGCUGCGUCUGAGUCAGCCUCACAGUCGGAGGAGAGCCGGACAGCAGCCCAGCACUCAUUCAGCCAGCGUUCAGACCGACUGCAUCUUAGAUCUCCCAGAACUCUCUGCUCCUCCACCACCCGACGUCUGCGGCUGCGACAGUGUCUCUUUACCUACAGUUGAACUUGAAACUCUUGACUCUUCAUCUCCAUUCCUCUCACUGCCUCCCCUCUCGGCCUCCCCAUCUAUUCUUUCACUGGGUCCUCCUCCCCCUCCUCCUCCUCCUCCUCCACCUCCCCCGCCUCCUCCACCACUUCCUCCCUCAGAGGACCAGCAGCAGGGUGAGGGGAGGGGACAUAACCCCAGCCCAGUGCAGCAUCAUAAAUGCGAGUCAGAAUCUUCCUCUCUACCCCUGGCUCCAUUUUCCCCUCGAUUCUUUGACAGCAGUCAGCUACAGACGGCGAGGAAGAAGCUGAAGAAAACAGCCUCGCUGGACUCGUCGCAAUGGAGGAGAGCGAGUUCCCCCAUGGACGAGGUGCUGGCCUCUCUCAAACGUGGCAGUUUCCACCUGAGGAAGGCCGAGCUACGAGUCCUGGGCCCCGACCCAGACGACGACAGCAACAACAUCCUGGCUCAGAUCCGGCAGGGCGUCCGGCUGAAGAAGGUACGGACCCGGCCGGAGCAGCAGCGUCACACCAAGAGCUUCCCCCACUCUGCCGACGCUCUGACCCGUAGCAUCCACGAGGCCCUGCGGAGAAUCAAGGAGGCUUCGCCAGAGUCAGAGUCGGAGGAUGAAGGCCUUCCAUGCACUGACUGGGAAAACUAAGCUUAUUGGAAGUUUAUAAAUUCCAUCUUUUAUGGAUAUUUGGAGCCAAAAUGAAGACAAAGCAAUGGCUUAAAUCACCUGGAGAUACCGUGGUGCAAUUUGAACAAAAACCCUUGAUUUUUUUAUAAUAGAAAACUGCUCAGAAGUAUGUGGGUUUUUUUUUACUCAUGCUUCUGUGUGUUGUUUGUAAAGAUGGACCACUAAUCUUUUUUUAUGUCAUUGCUGUGGCAUUCUUGGCGAGGAUACAACCUCUAACCUCUCAUUAUGUUAGUCUACAUGUCAGAGUUGUACUGUAGCUUGCUGUGAUGGGUUUGUUUUAGGAAGUGAGUAUUAUGUUUUUUACGUUUCUCUCACUUACAACGACACAGUAAGCAUUCAGACUUGACUGAAUACGUGUGCUGUACACUUUUACAUUCAACUACGUGACAACCAUCUGUACUGUAUCUUUCAGUGCAUAAAAUGCCUAAACGUGUACACGUGAUAGAACAAUUCCCACUUCCUUAAAGGACCUUUUUGGGGGAAUAUAGCUACUGGCUGUAACUUUGUAUUUAGCACACAAAUGCUCAGCAUAAAAGACAAAUUAGCAUAUUUCCCAUAAUGUCAAACUUUAAUUUGCUAAUCUGGAUCAUUUUUAUCAUCCUGGUGGGAAGAGUGCCAAAACUGGCACUAAUUUGUGUUUAGCAAAUUACCCAUGCCUGUUUUUAGCAUUUUUAAUUUAAAAAUGAUAAAUAGCUACAUAUAGAAAUAGUUAAAUAUAAAGUAAGAAUAUGUUCUAACAAAAAAGAGGUUUUGGAGGAAGGAUAUCAAACUCGGCGUCAGUCUCCAUCAUCUGUUCUUAAAAAAGCAGGAAGUUAGUUAUUGUAGUUUUCAGCAGUUGAAGCAGUAGCAGCUCAUGGAGGCUAUGAAGGUGCUUUAAAACUUUUAGCGCCCUUUUGCCACGAUUUGCACCAAAAAUUGCGCUUCUUCUCAGAGUCAUAACUCAUUCAAAUCUGAACACACAGACAUGAUGCACAUAUUUUUAGAUUUAGUGGGACUUACACUUCCCGAGGAUGUCAUUAUCUCUAAUGUCUUGCUUCAAAAACAUCCUCAAAUCUGCUUAGAAUUCAUAGAAAAAAGACACUCCUUUUGAAUGCAGAGCUUUAAGUUCCUACAGUAACAAAGUAAAACAGUGAUAGUUGUCUGUACAUCCAUUGGUACACUACAAACAGGAACUGCUAUCACCUAAUUCGGCAUACUUUUAAUGGUGCCAGUAUGCCAAAAUGGGGCUCAAGUUGUAGCUCACAGCUAACUCACUGACUCCAUUACGUUACACUUCCUGUAUACAUCACCCAAAGCACAAUCCAUUGGCUAUUGGUAUGACGAUAUAGCAGAUAUCAGAGCAAAGACUUCCACUUCCAUGUGGUGGUCAUUUUGGCUUAAAUCAUUGUCUGAUAAUAGCUGAUGGGUUCUGAGGUUGCAUUUCGACCAGUGCGUUCCACCUUUCCACAUGGACUGUUUACCUGUUACCAAAAGUAAUUGGUCAGUACUAUUCAGACCACAAAUGGACUACAAAUGGAAACCAGAACACUUCUGACAGAAAUCUUGUUCUGUCGCCUACAGAUUCUUGAGAGAUUACCCCAAAGCAUAAUAGGAAAUGUAAUUCCAAAACUUAAAGCAUUAUUUUAAUAAUAGGGCUGACAAAACCCAUUGAUAUUUAAUAUAUACUGAAUUUGUGUCACCUUGAAAAUUGCUGAUCUAGUUUAACAUGCUGUAUCUGAUAGAGCUGCAGUACAUUAGUGAGAGAGUUUAUGUUAGGAUAUGAUCCAAACUAACUGUUUACCUUCAGCCCAGACAGGAUCAGACUUUUAGAAGCUCAGCGCAGCUGGGGCAGAAAUACAAAGUAAACUUGGAAAUACCAACACUGGAAAUUUUAACACACAAUCAGCUGUCGUUCUCCAGAUCAUUAUUAAUAACAAAUAUUAUCUGUUGACGUGCGUUCUAUGUUUUUCCUCCUCCAAGGAUGCCAUUUUAACUGGGACAGUAUUUUGACAAAAUAUAUUAUAUGAUAUAUACAUAUAUAUUCAGCACCAACUG